GGAUUAACAAUCUCUUGGCCUCCUGCAUGUGUCUGAAUGCAGAAUGGAGCAGAAAGUGCCCCCAAACUGGACUACAGCUCUAUGCCCCUGCUAGGCCCUCCACAGGUGGGUCAGAGGAUUGCUUUCAAGCUGUUAGAGCUAGCUGAGAACUACACUCCAGAGAUAUCAGAAUAUAAGGAGGGGAAGAUUGUGAGCUUUGACCCAGUAACCAAACAGAUGGAGCUGGAACUACUUCAUGCUUCUCAAGCUCCUGUGGAGCCUGGGAAGUUUGACCUGGUUUAUCAGAACCCUGAUGGCUCGGAGAGAAUAGAGUACGCUGUGUGCAGAGGUGCUUGGGUGACAGAACGGUGGGACUCACUCCUUGAACCAAGGCUGGUUAUUUAAAUCUGACAGUGAAUUUGUACAUCCUGGUUUAGCAGGAUGUAUUUGCUUUUUAAAAUGAUUAAUAAUUUUAGGAUCCUUUAGCUUAUGCUCCAGUGCCUAAGUUAAGUUGGGAGUAACUUCUUCACAUGGUGGAGUAUGAGGAUUGAAUUGAAUUUUUAAAAAUAAUUGUUGCAUUUAAAUUGGGUGUUAAAGAUAAGAUUCUGUUAUUUUAAUAUGUAGAUGGAAUGAGUGUUUGUUUCCAGGACAUUGUUUUAUGUUUUGCACAGUGAUGUGACUGUUUAAAUCAAUCUUGAAUAAACUGGUUUUUAAUAAAA